AUGGUCGCAGAUGUCAAGAGAGUAAUUAAGCUCAUUACCGAGCAGCGCAACAUCGACAAACCUGCUCUUCAAGAAGGGUUUCCGAUGAAAUCAUGGAACAUCGAGAUAUACAUGUUGGAUGAGGCUGGCAAUGAGAAGCCAGCUACCUGCUUCACCAAGGCAGUUUACAAUCUACACCCUACUUUCCCUAACCCAACUCAAACCUUCACUGAGCCUCCCUUCCGCUGCGAGAAUGAGGGAUGGGGAGAAUUCGACAUGACGAUUGAUUUAUUCACUACUCCGACAGGCGGCAAGCAUAGCAUUGCACAUGAUCUCAAUUUUGGCAAGACCCGCUACGAAGCUAAACAUCCUAUCACAUUCAAAAAUCCUAGUCGAGAGUUGAUUAAUGCAUUAAGAGAGACGGGACCAGUGCCAGGAGAUGAAAAUGGAGGCAUGAGCAGAAAGAAGGAUUCUGAUGGUAAAAAGAGGAAGAGGACUGGGCAGGUUGAUAUGGAAAAAUUGGCUGAGGGGCUGGUGAAAUUGCAGGAAGAUGAUCUUUUGCAUGUGGUGCAGAUGAUUCAUGAUAACAAGAGUGAAGAUACGUAUACGAAGAAUGAUAUUGACCAGGGGGAGUUCCAUGUCGACUUGUAUACGUUACCAGACUCGCUGGUCAAGAUGCUUUGGGACUUUGUUAAUGCCCCGACAACAAAAGCUUAUUAG